AUGGCAUUCCAACUAAAGCGCAAACGCUCCGACUCGGAGCUUUCAUUUUCAUGCAGCACCACUCUGUCGUCGCCUCCGAGGCCGACGGCAGAUUUCGGCAGUUCGCCGUCGCCGUCCGACGACGUCACGACCUUGCCAGCGAUAUUUCGCGGACGCGGAACGCCUCUACAUUUCAACAGCCGGACACUGAAACGGUACCGCGACAGCCGGCCUUCGGAGGCUGAAGUCCACGAACAUACCCUGAAACUGCUGUACUCGGCGCAGCAGUCGGGGCGCGUCCGACUAUCAUCGGGUCCAGGACAAAAUCGGCAGCAGAUGGUGGGCCUAGGCGGCCAAGACGGGCAAGAUAGUCAGCACGAUCUUCCGGCAUUACAGGGACAGCACAGUCUCGGCCUGGACAGUGUUGAUACAGAUCAGAAUCAGCGCUCACUACACAGCUUUUGGAACAUUGCCCAGCCAGUAUCACGUCAACGAACACCGUUGGUGAUAGAGGCUGACGGAUACACACCAGGGGUUAGCACCAUGCAUGUGUCGCAAGGACCCAAUGGAGCCACGGUUUACAAAGAGGUAGAUUCGGUUAUGGGUUAA